AUGGAGGAAAUCGGGAUUGACACGAAAAUGGAGGAGUCGACGAUCGAGUCGCAAGCGAUUGAGAAGCAGGCGUUGCUCGCUUCCUUGCCUAUAGGCGAUGAUGAGCUGUAUAGCACGUGGAAGAAGCUGGAGGCGCACAAGGAGUUCCUACAUCUGCAAGAGGAGUACAUCCGUGAUGAGACGCUCAAUCUCCGAAGGGAGCUUCUUCGGGCCCAGGAAGAAGUGAAGCGGAUCCAGGCCGUACCGCUCGUCAUUGGCCAAUUCCUCGAGGCGGUAGAUGAGAAGCGAGGUAUCGUUGGAAGCACCACAGGCUCUACCUAUGUCGUCCGAAUCCUUUCCACCCUGGAUCGAGAACUCCUCAAGCCCUCUUCCUCCGUCGCGCUCCACCGACACUCGAACGCCCUGGUUGAUAUCCUCCCGCCAGAGGCUGACUCGUCUAUUUCCAUGCUGGGCGCAGACGAACGGCCGGACGUCAAGUAUUCGGAUGUGGGUGGACUGGAUGCGCAGAAGCAGGAAAUUAGGGAGGCGGUGGAGUUGCCGCUUGUCCAGAUGGAUCUGUACAGGAAGAUCGGUAUUGACCCGCCUCGAGGUGUCCUGCUCUACGGUCCUCCAGGAACUGGCAAGACCAUGCUGGUCAAGGCUGUCGCCAACGCCACAUCCGCUUCCUUCAUCCGAGUCGUCGGUUCAGAGUUCGUACAGAAGUACCUCGGAGAAGGACCCCGUAUGGUCCGAGAUGUCUUCCGACUGGCUCGCGAGAACUCUCCCUGUAUCAUUUUCAUAGAUGAAGUCGACGCGAUCGCAACGAAGCGAUUCGAUGCCCAGACGGGGUCGGAUCGGGAGGUGCAGCGUAUUCUCCUGGAAUUGUUGAACCAGAUGGAUGGGUUUGACCAGCAGACGACCGUCAAGGUCAUCAUGGCGACGAACAGACAAGACACGCUCGACCCCGCUCUCCUUCGUCCGGGUCGUCUAGACCGAAAGAUCGAAUUCCCCUUGCCGUCCCGGAGAGAAAGGCGGUUGAUCUUCCAGACUGUGACGGGGAAAAUGAAUCUGGGCCCUGACGUGGACCUCGAGGAUUACAUCUCCCGACCGGAUCGAUUGAGUUCCGCCGAGAUAGCCUCGAUCUGCCAGGGUGCUGGUCUCCAGGCUGUGCGGAAGAACCGAUACGUCAUCCUGCCUAUCGACUUUGAGGAAUCCUGGAAGAGCGUUGUCAAGCGCGGAGACGACACGCAUGCCUUCUGUAAGCUGCUCUGA